GUGACUCAGGUGGACCACUUGUGGAAAGAGGCAAAUCUGCAAAAAGCGAUAGGGUCGUGGGCAUAAUUUCGCAAGGAAAUGUUUGUUGCAAAACUCCGCCGCCGGACACCUACCGUACCAUUUGCACUCAUCUUGGCCACAAGAAUAUCUCGACGUGGAUCUCUGAAAAACUGAAGGGAGAAGGGUCCACGACUGGAUGUGCAGCAUUUCCUUGGCUUUUUCGAGUUGCCGAUGACGAUGGCACAUUCAAAUGCCUUGGUGUGCUCGUCCACAAGCGUCUGGUGUUGGUCAGGGCCGAUUGUGGGGAUCCUCAUGAUGAUUUGAUUGUUGUGUAUGAUGACCCAAAACAGCAGUGCGCACAACAG